CAUUUCUGUCUGUUAAUGAUCGCGUGUAGUGCGUUGAGACAGCUCUCCGAUUACAUAAAUAGGAUGCUGCCGUCCGUGGUUUUCGUGCUCGGGGCGCCUGGUUCCGGUAAAGGCACACAGUGUUCAUAUAUUUCCAAAGAAUAUGGUUUUGUGCAUUUGUCUGCGGGCGAUUUAUUACGGGAAGAACGACAGAGACCUGGAUCAGAAUAUGGAGAGAUGAUAGAACAGAAAAUACGUGACGGUGAAAUAGUUCCGGUUGAGGUUACGUGUUCACUUAUUCACAAAGCUAUGCAAAAGUCCGGAAAAACGCGUUUUCUAAUCGAUGGUUUUCCUCGAAACAAGGAUAACUUGGACGGAUGGAACCGUGUUAUGUCGGAUAAAACAAAAUUACUAUUUGUAUUAUUUUUUGAGUGCUCACAAGAUCUGUGUACAGAGCGCUGCCUGGGUCGAGGCGCGGCCGGCAGCGGCCGCUCAGACGAUAAUCUCGAAAGUAUCAAAAAGAGAUUCAACACUUACAUUAAUGAUACAAUGCCAAUUAUCCAACAUUACGAACAGUUAGGUCUUGUGAGGAAAAUAAAUGCAGAAGUUGCACCUGAUCUAGUUUUUGAAAAUGUUAAGAAAGCAUUUGACAAUGUCGAAUUAGACAAGAUAUCUAAUUGAAUUAAUUUAUCUAGAUAAGUAGGACAAUACUUUAAUAACCUUGAGGCCAUUGUGAAGUCUAGUUCUGUGCUAGAAUCUUUUUUUAAGUAUGCACUAUUCUGUGAGCUUAGAAAUCAUGAAUUUGAUAGUUUAUAAGUUUAACUUGCCAGUAAAUGUGGUUGAUUAAAUAAUCUUUGAAAAAAUGUUACAAUAUACCUGAAGAAUUGAUCUUCCUGUUCCUGUUGUCAAUACAGCUCAUAGUAUAAAGUGACCUUCAUUAGCAAUGAUUGUCAUUCACUUUGAUUGUACCUUAGCAAUUUGUGUGUAACAUAAGCAAUGAAACUGUAUAAAUAGCAAUUUUACAUAUUGUAAUAGAUUAAUUUUUAGUGUAACUAUAGCUCUCAUUGUAUUUAUUUAAAUUGUUCUUAUGAAGGUUGUAUUGCAAGUUAUACACUGUGGUGUAAUGAUAACCUAAGUAUUGUAUGUCAGUUACAGUAAUGAUAACCUAAGUACUGUAUGUCAGUUACUGCUUAUUCCAGUUGUUGUUUUCAUUAUGCACUACAUUAUAUUUCUGUUAAUCAAUUUUAACAUUGCAUUUAUAACAUUACAAUAAGUAUAAUCACACUCCAUACAAUUGCAAUAUAAUAUAUUGAAUUGAAAAGCUUUUAAUCAAAAUGAUUAUAUAGAAAAUUAUAUUUAGAAAAAUUAACAGUAUGAUAAAUAUAAAUAGCAUUGUGAAUGUAAAAUUUAUCAAAAUUGUACAUCCCAAAAAUGAAGACAUAAUCAUUAGUUGAAAAUAAUAUAGGUAAUCAAAAUGAAUACAUGGUGUAUGUACGUACACUACUGCAGUAUUUCCCAAACUACUCACUGGUAGGUUGCUAAUGAAUAUUGAGUGGACCCUGAUUGGCAAUUGACUACUAUAUAACACAUAUAGUUGUGAACUCUUUUUCUGACAGCCAACAGGUGCUUCCAAGAUUGGAAGUUUUGUUAAAUGGGUCGCAGCCCAAUCAACUUUGGGAACCAUUGCACUACUGUAAUAUAAUAUAAGGAAAUUGUGUUUCUUCUCUUUUGUCUACUGUUGUGUUCCAUAUGAGCAACAGGAAUAUAAGAAAAAUUAAAAGUGUAAGCAAUAACAUUCCUGUAAUAAGCCUAAGUUUAGAUUGCCAAUGUGUUCGUGAAGUAGUUUAAUGUUACUGUAAAAAAAAUCAGCAGGUUUAUCUGUAAUAAAUGUGUAUACCUACCAAAUGCUAUGU